UUGUAUAACCAAAAUCCAAAAUUUUCAAAUAUAUCAAUCCGAUCUAACCAUGGACUUGUGCGUUUCAUAUCGUUGGCAAAUGCAAGGUUGUCGACCUUGCAACAAUCAUUUUCUGGCGUUUCAUCGUCAACGUGGGAAUUUACGACGUCAAGAAUUCAAGAUGAACAUUCGAUUUUUAUCUCCUAAACGCCCUUCCUCAAAAUCCUUCGAGCAGAAUUCUAGGAACCCUUGUUUUCUUCUCCUUAAUUCUUCUGGCAGUUCUUCAGAUUCGCUGGUAUUCUUUCGGUGCCCAUUAUGAAUUUUUUUUUUAUCGAUUGAUUUGCAAAAAUGUCGGAUAUUCAAUUUGGAGGACACACUAUCAAGUCUCACGGUCACGAGCUUGCAAAACUGCACAAAUAUGACUGGAUGAUUCUGUUGCUCCUAGCGCUGAUAGAUGGGUUUUUGUAUAUCAUUGAACCAUUUCAUCGGUAUACUAAUGCAGAUAUGAUGAGAGAUCUUAAGUACCCUUUCAAAGUACAUAGCACCAUACCAAUUUGGGCUGUUGCAGUCUAUGCUGUGAUUCUACCUUGCACCAUAUUCUACAUAUACUAUCUGCACAGGAAGAAUGUUUACGAUCUGCAUCAUGCUGUCUUGGGUAUUAUGUAUUCCAUGCUAAUAGCAGCAGUCAUUACCGAUUCAAUCAAAGCUGCUGUUGGUCGUCCACGACCAAACUUUUUCUGGCGAUGCUUCCCUGAUGGGAUUGAGGUCUAUGAUCCUGUGAGCGGGGAUGUUGAGUGUACCGGAUUGCACAAAUUCAUAAAAGAAGGAUACAAAAGCUUCCCGAGUGGACAUACCUCGUUCUCAUUUGCUGGACUUGGUUUCUUGGCAUGGUAUUUGAGUGGGAAAAUCAAAGCGUUUGACAGAAGCGGGCACUCUGCAAAGCUCUGCAUCGUUCUGCUCCCAUAUCUCGUGGCUGCACUCGUUGGAGUUUCUCGGGUGGACGACUAUUGGCAUCAUUGGACAGAUGUAUUUGCAGGAGCCGUAAUAGGAUCCGUGGUUUCCUCCUUGUGCUACCUUCAAUUCUUCCCAUUUCCACAUGACCGUAAUGGUUGGGGGCCUUAUGCGUAUUUUAGGACCCUGGAAGAAAAUGGUUUUCAGCGCUCUUUAGCAUCCAUGUCAGAUGAAGAAGAAAUUCAAGAUUUGGAAGCUAGGGGCAGGAGACACUGAGGCAAGACUUUCCCCUCUCAGCAUUUUCAUGAGUUAACCAAAUGUAGAAUCAUGGUAUAUAAGUUCACGCUAGCUACUUAGAUUAAUCUAAUCAAUCAGUUUAUGCAUUUCUAUUUUAUAUUUUAUGAUCACUGAAAUUUUUGUUCACCCAUAAAUGAACUUGUUGCACAUAUUAAAUUAUUUAUAAAAAAAUGUGACCCUAUUUUUUUUUUUUUUA